AUGUCAAUUAAUUAUUCUGUUGGAACCCGCUCUGAUAACAACACUUCUUCUCGCACCCCUGUCAUUAUCAUUGGCGCAAUAGCUGGCGGCCUCAUCUUCCUAGCAAUGGCUGGAAGCUUACUAUAUCUCUUCUCGCGCAAAGAACGGGCCAGAAGAAGAAAUGCACAGUCCGAAGACUUCUCUCCUCUCGAACCUCCACCAGCCUAUAAAACGGAUGAACUAGGCACACCCCGAGGUCUCCACUCCCAACCUCGGCCCUUGUCUUCCUUUGCGCCGGACUACAGUCGCCAGGCCCAACAUGCGCAACAAUACCAACAGCAGCUAUCUCGCACUUCAUACGAACAACCCCCGGCAUACCCCACACUGCCAACAUAUGAUCCAUCACGAUACCAACCUAUUCGGCCAACGUCCAUGGGCGAUUUCAACGCCCACAACUAUACCUAUAACCCCGCUCAUGCCAAUCCACAUCCUGGUCCCUCUUCCCGCUUGAGUGCAGUUCACUACAGUGACGCUAGACUAGCUUCCCGACCAGUAUCAAUGGCCGACUAUGGUGCUCCAAUUGGUCCCGUAGCUGUUCCAACUAGGCCGAGACGCCAGGCAGCUAUCCCACCACCGGAACAGAACAGGCAGGAGCGCAGGGACAAGAGGGAGAGAAGUGCAUCGGAGCCAAUGCUUUCGGCCCAGGCCGCCCCAAAACAGCCUAAACCCGUCUUGUCGCGGCUGAUCACCAAUUUCCGUUGA